AUGCGCAGGGCACUCUUCGCAAGCGUUCUUACUAGCCGGAGUGCGGUGGCGUGCCGCCACUCCACCGCCAAGCCUGCAGACGGCAACGCGAAGCUCGACGACUUGGCCGCUGCCUACUCUCAGCUAACGUUGAGGGAAGUGUCUGACCUGCAGCGCCUCAUAUUCAAGAAGCUGGGUCACAGCGACGACUUCUACGAGAAGGCGCUGCUACGCGGCCUCAGCGGCGGUGGCGGUGCGGUAAUGAUGGCCCCCACUGCCGCGGCGGCUGCAGCGCCGGCAGCCGAUGCUCCGGCCGCUGAGGCGGUCAAGGCAGAGAAAAAAAAGGUCGAGAAGCUCACGUACGACGUGAAGCUCGAAAAGUAUGCGCCGGAGAUCAAAAUCAAGCUCAUCAAGGAGCUGCGCACUGUGACCAACCUCAGCAUCGCAGAUGCCAAGAAGGCGGUGGAGAAGUGCCCCGGUCUCGUGGCCACCAAUAUGACCAAGGACGACGCGGAGAAGCUCAAGGGGCUGUAUGAAAAACUCGGGGCAAAGGUGGAGCUCCUCUAA